AUGUCAGCCUUGAAGAAUUGCAGAAGUGUUGACUUUAUAUCUCUUUUCAUCUUGCAUAACCCUGGAACAGAAAUGCAGAUUAAUGGAGUGAGCGAGAAGCCGCACAGUAGCUGCUCCCUCCCCCGCGAGGUCAUUCAGGGUCACGCAGGCUUUGACCUUCGCGGUGAAUGGGCUUCGGUUGACCUGGCGCGGACGCUACCUGGGUCACGGAGGCGUUCCCACGGCUUUAAUAAACUGUCCACGUCUCAGCACUUAAAAUUCAGUCAUACUCGUCUCGACCUCCUCUCUCAAAGGUCACACCAGGUCACGCCGUUUGUGUUCUCUCAGUGUUCAGUUGAUUCCCAAGGUCGUGCCGCCGCCAUGAGCGCCAUGUCAGGAAAGCGCCUCUUCCGCCCUUGGCAGGACGCCGCCCACAGCCCCAAGAAGGCCAGACUCUCUCCGCCCACUGUGCCACCGACGCCGCCGCCCUCAGUGUCCCCUGCGCCUUUGUGCGACGCCAUCAAAACGGAAACGUGGACGCCCUCCAGUCCCCCGCCCACGCCCGCCGCCCUCCACCCCGCCUUCCUCCCGCAGCGCCACCUGCUGCCCGGCCUCAGCCUGGCUGCCCUCAGCACGCAGCACCUCCUGGUCCCCGCGCUGACACUCGCCUCCUCACUCAGCGCCGCGCCCCUCUCGCCGCCCUCCGACCCCCUCGCGGAGGACGCCCACACCAACGCCGCAGCCCGACGGCCCCGCCCAAAGAAGUUCUCGUGCAGCGAGUGCGGCUCCACCUUCAGCAACAAGGGCCAGCUGAAGGGCCACCUGCGGAUCCACACCGGAGAGGCCUUCGCCUGCGACCACGACGGCUGCGACAAGCGCUUCACCCGCAACGAGGAGCUGACCCGCCACCGCCGCAUCCACAGCGGGGCGCGCCCCUUCCCGUGCCCGCUGUGCGACAAGCGCUUCGGCCGGAAGGACCCCCUCAAGAAGCACGUCCGCACGCACCAACGUCAGCCACUGCUGCCGCCGCACCCGCUCCUGCACCACCUACAGCAGAUCCAGCUACAGCAGUUCCAGCUGCACUAAGCGAGUGCCUCAGUUGCAACUCGUCCGCCCGGUGAAGCGCCGCUGCUCCAGUGAUUCCUCCAGCGCAAUUCUAAUAACGCAUUUCUUUGCAAAAAUAAAUUAU